AUGAGGGAGACACCCGCUCUCACCCGAGUCAUGGAGGGAGGCUCAGCUAACGGCCCAGCUAUUGGCCUGGCUAACGGCUCGGCUGACGGCCUAGCUAACGACACAGCUAACGGCCCAGCUAACGGCCUGGCUAACGGCUCGGCUGACGGCCUAGCUAACGACACAGCUAACGGCCCAGCUAACGGCCUGGCUAACGGCUUGGCUGACGGCCUAGCUAACAACACAGCUAACGGCCUAGCUAACAACACAGCUAACGGCCCAGCUAUUGGCCUGGCUAACGGCUCGGCUGACGGCCUAGCUAACGACACAGCUAACGGCCCAGCUAACGGCCUGGCUAACGGCUCGGCUGACGGCCUAGCUAACGACACAGCUAACGGCCCAGCUAACGGCCUGGCUAACGGCUCGGCUGACGGCCUAGCUAACGACACAGCUAACGGCCCAGCUAACGGCUCGGCUAACUGCUCGGCUGACGGCUUGGCUAACAACUCGGCUAACAGUACGGUAAACGUCCUGGCCGCAAGCAGGUCCACACUUUGCCCCAGCAGCAGUGUGGCCUGGGGUGACUUCUGGCAGCUGGUUGUACUCUCUCGUUUCACAGUGCAAUCUGAAAAUAACCCGGCGAUCAUUAACAGCCAUCACACCGGCCUCACUUCCUGUGACAGCGACAGAGACGUGGGAGCGGCCCAGACGGACCACCAUCAGACGAGCGGGUGA